GUCUCUUGAGUGCUAAGUUCUAUAGAGUCCGCCCCAGCGGUGCAACAGCUGCCGAUGCUCCCACGACUGCAUUAAUCUUCUUUUCUUUUUCUUUUCUCUUAAAAUUUUUUUAGCGCAUCCUUUUGUUGUUCCGGUUUAUUGUUGUCCACGCGUUUGCCGGCUUGCGUGGGACGCAGAGUCGCGAGCGUGGACUCGGACUGGGACCUUACUCCGGUCUUGAAUCUGGCCAGCUGACUGACGGACUACCUUGCGGCGACGACUUCGACGGCUCCAUCGAGUUUCUCCCGGAUCUUUUUCCCCAUCUUGCGCGACUUCCGCAUUGCGCUUUGGGCUGCACUGGCUACGGCAACUCGAUGUUUGCCGCCGAGCACGGUCGUCGUUCAAGCCCGCGAUGCUGACUAGCGACCACGCCGAGCGCUGAUGCUGGGUCGGGGCCCGCUCAGCCCAGGCACCAGUUCCUCCAUGCACCCAGCCUCUCGGCGCUGCGACGGACUCAACUCUGAAAAAAGGAUGCAUAGCCUGGCGUUAUGACCAGCCUACGUAGCUCUUCCUUCUAUCCGUUACACUAGGUUUUUCUUAUUAUUAUUAUUUUGUUACUCCUUGGUUUUUAUACAUUGUUCAUUUUACGCUUUAUCAUUCCCUUUUUUUCUUCUUUCUCUAACUUUUUUUUCUUCUUUUUACCACCGAAGUGUUCCACCUUUUUUUAUCGUCGCUCAGUGGCAAAGUGCGCCGGUCUAAGCUAAGCCGCUAUGGCGAGCCGACGCACGCUCCCCGUACAUUCCACGCCCAGACCUCGCGUCGGGACAUUGUUCACGCUGUUAGGCCCUUGAGACGGUGUCUUCUUCAGCACGUGAAAGCGCAAUUUGCGGACCACGUCGCGCCUCCGGAGGACCUCGUCGGCGUGUGACCACAAAAAACACCAAAGUUUCCCAGUUUCUUGAGAAACAGCAAAAAGGACCUCUAGUACUUUGUUCCUUAUUCCUACGUGGCGUGCAAAAAGACUCGUCGUCGUCGCCGCCAUGUUCCGAAUGCGUGGUUUCCGAAUGCACACGUGCAAGGUGGUGCUGGUCACCUCCCUGGUGUGGUUCGCCCUGGCCGGGCUACUCCUGAUGUACUACACCGAGUGCAUCGGGUCCGGCUGCCUGCCCAAGUCGUCUUCUUCUCUGGACCGAGUGCCUUCCUCCAAGUCGCUGCAGUCGCCGCAAGGGGAGUUUAGGAGCUGGGUUGCUGUUGAGCUCAAGCAGAAUCCUUCGGACUGGCCAGGCGAGAAUGGCCGGGGUGUCGAAAUUGGCAAGGACGAGGAAGCCCUGAAGAAAGAAAAAUUCAAGCUAAAUCAGUUCAACCUGCUUGCGAGUGACAGGAUUGCCCUGAAUCGAUCUUUGCCUGAUGUUAGGCUAGAAAAGUGUAAGGAUAAAGUCUACCCAGAGAAGCUCCCGACCACGUCUGUGGUAAUAGUCUUUCACAACGAGGCCUGGUCCACGCUGCUGCGGACAGUUCACAGCGUCAUCCGCACCUCCCCGCGGGCGCUGCUGGAGGAAAUCAUCCUGGUGGACGAUGCCAGUGAAAGGGAACAUUUGGGCAAGCAGCUGGAAGACUAUGUUGUGAAACUAGACACUCCAGUUAAGGUGAUGCGCACGGGAAAGCGUUCUGGGCUUAUCCGUGCCAGGCUACUGGGGGCGGCGGCGGUGAAAGGGCAGGUGAUAACCUUCCUGGACGCUCACUGCGAAUGCACCCAGAACUGGCUCGAACCUUUGCUGGCCCGCAUUGCGGAAGACAGGACACGUGUCGUCUGUCCCGUGAUCGACGUCAUCAGCGACGAGACGUUCGAGUACAUCUCUGCCUCCGACCUGACCUGGGGCGGCUUCAACUGGAAGCUGAACUUCCGCUGGUACAGGGUGCCCCAGCGAGAGCUUGACCGCCGAGGUGGGGACCGUACCCUCCCUGUCAGGACUCCCACAAUGGCUGGUGGUCUCUUUGCAAUAGACAAGGACUAUUUUGUUGAGCUAGGAAAAUACGACGAAGGCAUGGACAUCUGGGGAGGGGAGAACCUGGAACUCUCGUUCAGGAUAUGGAUGUGUGGAGGCGAAUUGGAGAUUGUGCCCUGCUCACACGUGGGUCAUGUGUUUAGGAAGUCGACGCCGUACACUUUUCCCGGGGGGACCAGCAAGAUCGUCAAUCACAACAAUGCCCGUCUUGCCGAAGUCUGGCUAGACGAGUGGAAGGAGUUUUACUUUGCAAUCAACCCAGCGGCGAAGAAUGUGGACAAAGGGGACUUGUCUCACCGGAGGAACCUUCGCAAGAAGUUGAAGUGCAACAGCUUCCGGUGGUAUUUGGAGAACAUAUAUCCGGAGUCCCACAUGCCACUGGAUUACUAUCAUCUUGGAGAAAUCAAGCAUGCAGACUCUCCGGUCUGCCUGGACACGUUUGGCCGCAAGAGUGGCGAGAACGUAGCCGUGAGCACCUGCCACGGCCAGGGGGGCAACCAGGUGUUUGCCUACACCAAGCGGCAGCAGAUCAUGUCUGACGACAACUGCCUGGACGCCUCUUCUCCUAGGGGUCCCGUCAAGCUCCUGCGCUGCCACGGCAUGGGGGGCAACCAGCUCUGGAUCUAUGACAAGGAGGAGCAGACGUUCAAGCACGUCAACACGGCCCGCUGCUUGGACCAGCCCGCCUCGAGCGACCCAUCCCUGCCCGUCCUGAAGGAGUGCGACGGCCGAUCGUCCCAGCGCUGGGUCAUGCAGGGGAAAUUCAAGUGGCAGGCGUCCUAAGCCCAACGCGAAAGUUCCCUCGCACGACCGCGGUGUGGCCCCCGAGAGACGACCCAGAUCGGACGGCCGAUCCGGCGGUACUGCGGAAGCGGACUGCCGAUCCGUCGGCACUACAAACAUGGACCUGCCGAUCCGUCUGCAUUGUGAAAGUGGACUGCCGAGUUCUGUUGCCACUGCCACAGUGAUUUGUGGGGCCGCUUCCAGAGAUGCCAGACAUGAGCGCCGGAUAAGCUCGGGACCGAAUCUUUUCCAAUUUGAAUUCCAAGCAUCAAGCCACACUAACGUGUUUUGAGUUUUUUUGGUUUUGUUUUUUGAAUGGCUGGGAUUUUACGUUUCCAUUUCCGUGCUGCUCGCCGUUGAGGUCGGCGAGUCUACGACGGGGAACUCGGCAGUGAUACUGAUGCGGACGGAAUGCCGCAUUGUAAAAAGUCUUUUUUGUGUUUUUUUUUUUAUGUUUUUUUUGUUGGGGGUUUCUAAGUUCUUUUGUUCUCGCAUCCAUCUCCCCUCAACGUUCGAACAGGUUACGCCAAAGGAUUCCAGGUCUCGGAGCGAGACUCUUUUCGGCGCCGCGCCAAAAUGCAAGUGGGCCAAUGUGGAAUAGUGAAGCACUCUCAUUAAUCGGGUGCAAUCGAGCUCAUUCCUAGUAGCUUACACAGUGAUACCACGGGGGUGGCAGUGAAACACCGCGAGUGAGAAUUGUUUGAACCACGAGAUGGUUUGGAUACAUCAACGUUGUUCAGACCGUGCAUGUCAUUUUGGUUGGUUUGUCCUGGUUAAAAGGAUAUUGCCUCCUUUUUUUCUGUUUCUGUUCAUUUUUUCAAAACUGCUGGCAACCAUUUGGAUUUGGCUAUUUGAGAUUGACCUUUCCAUUUUAGUAUACAGUUGUUGCCUUUGGUUUUGCAGUAAGCCUGAAGGCGUUUGACGGGCAUUGUGUCAAUGGAACCCUCCUGCGAGUCUGUUAGAAGGCACACCUGCUGCUGGGGAUGAUUCUUUUAGUGUGUGCCCUCUCUUGGUUAAUGAGCUUUUAAGCUUUCAAGGGCCACAUCAGUUUUCUUUUUUGCUGAUUGUUUGGGGACAAGCAUACCAGGCCACAGUAAUAACUCCCAGAGAGUGGUAUGCGACCCAUAGAAUGCAGUUUGCGUGACCUCUUUAAACCACUGGAAAGUGUCGGACAUGCUAUAAUUUGGUUCUUAAGAAUAUAUAGAUGAAAAGAAAAUUAUAACCUGUUUCAAGACCCUCUUAAAGGCUGUGUGGCUGUCUUUUUUUUUUAUUAAGCUCCAUUAGAUUUUAUUUGUCAUGCAUUGAGUUUGCUGUCACAUGGACAGCCAUGUUUUCUUCCCACAGGGUAAAACUGGAUGCAGUUACAUGUGACUACCAUGUGAAAACAGGUUAGAAUACACGCUAGAAGUGACAUUGUUAAUACUGUUAAAUAAAAAGGGCCUACUGCAUUUGGA